CAUAGUACACACAAUGUAAAAGGAUUUCCCGAUGUCUCCUUAUAUUUUGUCCAAACAUCGGACAAUCAAAGUACUUAAUCCGUUAUGUAUUGGUGAUUAUUAUGCAAUGGCUCUAUAAUCAGACAAACCAGGGGUCGCCAAAAAAUCCCUAUGAGGCUGAUAGAGAGCCAGGAUGAUCUAUAUGCGACCUUCUCAAAACGCCGUCUAGGUCUAUAUAAGAAGGCGAGCGAGCUUAGCACACUUUGUGGUGUCGACAUAGGAAUAAUCAUCUUUUCCCCCACCAACAACCCUUACUCGUUCUUCCAUCCAUCCAUGGAGUCUGUGAUCGAAAGAUAUAGGAAUCCUGAUCAGCCGCCGAACGACUUAGCAAGAAUCGUGGAGGGUCACACACGGACCAGAAUUGAGCAACUCAACAAGCGAUUGGACGAGAUAUUAGAUAUGAAAGAGCAAAUAAAAGAACGAGAAAAGUACCUAGACGAGGUCGACAAAACUCGACCCAGAGGAUGGUGGGAACAACCCAUCGAGAGUCUGAACGCCCAACAAGUCCAAGAGUGGAAAGAAUGGUUUGGCAAUUUCCAUGCUCAAGUGACCAGUCGAAUCGAGGAAUUGACAAAUGGGGGUUCGGGUUCAUUGGAGAAUGCUCCAAUUUUCCCGGAUCCACCUAGUUCUAGUACUACAGCUGUUCCUAGUAUGUUUCCUCCAAACUAUGUUCCUCCUGCAGACACAUCAUCUGCACUAGGUGAUGGGAUUGCUGAAGUUGAUCAAUUUUCUGGCCAAUAUUAUUAUGCUCCUCCACAGGGUCAGGAUCCAUUUGUUGUUGGCUCCAAUCAGUUCUAUGAUCCUCCACAAUGCCAGGGUCCUAAUUCUGGUACAAAUCAAUACCUUAGCCUAUCAGAAGCUCCGAAUCCAUCUGGAACUGGGUCAAGCCAAUACUAUGGACCUCCAUCGAUUCAAAACCCAUCUGGUGCUGGGCCUAGUCUGUAUUAUGGACCUCCAUCAGUUCAGAACCCAUCUGGUCCUGGGCCUAGUCAGUACUAUGGGCUUCCAUUGAGUCAGAAUCCACCUGCUGCUGGGUCUAAUAAAUACUAUGAGCCUCCACAAGCUCAGGAUCCAUCUGGUACUGGACCUAAUCAAUACUAUGGGCCUCCAUUAGCUCCGACUCCAUCUGUUUUUGGGCUUAGCCAAUUCUAUGGGCUUCAGCAAGGUCAAGAUCCAUCAAAUAUUGGCCCAAACCAAUUCAACGUGCCUCUAUCAACAAAGAAUCCAUCAGGUGUUGGGCCUAACCAAUUCUAUGGGCCUCCACCAGGUCAGGAUCCAUUUGGUAUUGGGCCUAGCCAAUUUUACAGGCCUCCACUGGGUCAAGAUUCAUCAGGUAUUAGGCCUAGAAGGUUUUAUAAUGCUCAACAGGGUCGGGAUCCAUCUGCUACUGGUGGGACUAAAGAGGCUGGUACUUCUAAUCAAGAGGACAGUGAUCUUUAGUUUAAUUUUCAACUGUCGAGUUAUUUUUUUUAUUUGAAAGGGGUAUUUGUAAUUUCACAAAUAAUAAGGAGAGUCCAUAUUUAUGUCAAACUUCAAAGAAUUAUAAGUACAUCUUUUGAGGUGGUCAAAUAUAACGUAUCCAAUGAGUCGUCCUGUUAGUUUAAUUGAAGUAGUCCAAAUAUUGUGGAAUAACAAGUUUGCUAAUUCCUGGCACAAGUCGGAAAUGUUGU